GUAAAUUUUUAAUUUUUGAACUCGGUUGUAAACGGCUGGGGAGUGAUUUAUGACCUAUUUGGCACGAUUUUAUGGACCGGUCCAACCGUGGUAGUUUCAUUGACGCCCACGCCAAUGAUGCCUUUCAUACUGCGAUACUUGAUAAAUUAACAAAAUAAAUUAACAAAUGUGCCAGAAAAUCGAAAAAAAAGUGCCGAUCGCAUCGUUUGUGUCAGUGCAUUGAUAGCAGUACUGCACAAGUCGUGUUGUUGUACAAGGAGAUGGAUAGAUGUACCGUUAGUGGAGAAAUACGUUCUUUCUCUCCCCUGACAGUGACGAGGUAGACCAGAACGAGGACGUGUCAGACCCUUAAAAUAUUUUGAUCGACUGACGGUAUGAGGAACAGUUGAGCACUUCAAACAAGAAGUGUUGCCUGUUAAAAUCACCAUCGGCAAUACUACGGUACAUGCUCGUGCGUGAGGAGUAAGAAAUGACCUAUAAAGCUGUGUGAGCAGCAUUGCUUCAUUUUUAAGUCCUUUGUGGUGAACCGUAGCUAUGAAUCUGUGCAGACUAAAUAUUUUCAUAGGCAUUGAGGUGUACAAAUGGGGCGUGUCGUAAAUCGUGCACUGAUGGUUUACCUUGUAAUUAUUUUACAGUUAUUGGCACGAAUAUGCUUUGAUAACUCCAAAUGUUUUGUGUACGCCUGUUCUCUCUCAUUUCCACAAAACGAGUUUUCUAAUUGCAAUACGACACGUUUGCGUUGUGCGUAGGCCCUCAGAUACUUGUGAAGAACGGAAAGCGAAUAAUUUGCGAGGGACAGUGCGAACACCUAACCAUUAUUUUUUUGCUGCUCCCCUUACCCAUGCAUUUUGAGGAUGAGACAGAAUUCUUUGGGUUUGUGCCCUGUAGUUUCCUGCAGGAGCUGUGCUCCAGCCUCGAAGAAACGAUCACACACACGAUCAACAACGCAGGUCUUUCGGCAACCUCAAAAAAGCAGCUUUGUAGCUACGUGCUUUCUGAGUUUAGGAAGAACUUCUUGAUCUUUGAGAACUUUAGCCUCCAACAAAUUUUCACGUUUCCGAAAGAUUUUUCCUACGAGAGAAAGAUAACCGAUCUGGUCGUUGAGGACGAUAUUGACGCAAUGAUGGACGAACUGAUGAAGCUCAAGGACGAGCAGGAAUUUUACAAGAACGAGGCUCGGCGGUACAAAAAGAUGAUAGCGAACAAAGAGGCAGAAAUUGCGCAGAUGACCUGUUUUUUAGAAAAUGUUGAGGUGAAUGACCUUUUAUCCAACUCCGAGUUCCUCAAAAAGCUGUUUGUGGAGACGAAGAAAGCGGUCGGUGGAAAGGCGUACACAAUCUCAGGGAAGUUGAGCACCAAAUUCAACGAGCUGAUGGAGAACAAAGACAUAAAAAGUGAGACGAAGAAGAAAGAGAUAAAUGAGCUGUAUAAUAUUGGGACAUUGGAGGACAUCAAGGCAUUCAGAGACAGCGUGCUUGCACGCUACGGUUGAUCAACAGGAUUUUAUAAGUAAAACGUGACAGUUCUCCUCAUAAUUAUGAACCAUGCAUAUUGUGGCACAAAGAGGGCGUGACAAUACGGUGCAGGGGCUGUUGCCCUUCCCUGGUGCAGAAAAAUAAGUUUUGGUGCGCGGUUCUGUACACACCACCUAAACUGCUCGUUAUGCUUGCGCGUCACUGCAGCCGUGCUGCGUUACGCAGUCCCCUUCUCGGACACACUUCGACAAAAAAUAGUGGAACGUAUUUCGUGCUGUAAAACAAUUCGCUGCGUAUCAAUGCCAGAUACGCCACGAAAACAACCAAGCUUAUCCGAAUAUCUUCUAUUUAGAUUUACUUAUGUGAUAGCACUCCCCCUCGCUGACAAUAACUAUCACUUGAGCAGAUCAGAAAGGAACAUAAUCUCGUCGCUACUGCUGCUGUUAUUAUCCUCGCCAGUUUUCGAUUUUUUGUUUGGUAACACCGCGCUAAAGCUGUCACUCAGUUCAAUCUCAUCACCAUUUCUCCUAACAGGCGCUUCAUGAUCAAGGCUUCGUUCUCCCAUGAACUCAUUAAAUAAUUUGUUCCGUAG